AUGGGCAACUGCUCCCCGUCCCCCCGCCGGGACCGCCCGUCGCCCGCGACCUCCCCGCCUCCCCACCGCACCGGCUCCAGCACCGCGACCGGCGGGAACACCGCCACCACCGUCUCCCCCUACGCGCUCGCCAGAUCCCCCUCCGCGUCCGUCUCCGUCGACCCGGACCCCGACGCCGACACGGACAGCGUCGUCCGCGUCUACGGCUCCGACGGCUGCCCGGUGGCGUGGCGCCUCCGCGUGGCGCUCCUCUACAAGGCGGCCGCGCCGCUGCACUUCACGCCCUCCGAGGCGGCCCCGCUGGGCCGCCCCGUGCUGCGCCUCUCCGCGGCCGACCCCGAGCUCUGCGGGACCGCCGACGAGCUGCUCCGCCACGUCGACGCGCGCUUCGAGGGCAAGCCCGCCGUCGCGCCGCCCCCGCGCCGCCCCGCCACCCGCGCCUCGCUCGCCGCCGCCGCCGCCGAGGAGGUCGCCGAGAUGGUGCGCCUGCAGCACCGCAGCGCCGAGCGCCACCUCGACGGCGUCGCGGCCAAGCUCGCGGAGAUGGUGAAGAAGGGGGGGAAGAAGCCCGGCAAAGGGGGAAGGACCGUGCCGUUGGAGGGUGCCGAGGUCAGGCGGCUGGGGAAGUGGUACGGGGACGCCAUGGAGGUCAUGCUGGAGCACGCCAGGAUGGAGGAGCGGGUGCUCUUCCCAGACAUCCAGAGGGCUUCCUUUCCAGGGGUGUGCGAUAAGGUUCAGGAGCAGCACGGGAAGCACCUGCCCAUGAUGAACGGAAUCAAGGAAGAUAUAAAAACGCUUCUGACCUUGGAGCUGGGCAGCCCCCUCUUCCAUGAGGUGCUGGUCAACCUCGCGGUUCGCCUCAAAGCGUUGCAGGAUCACACCAAAGAGCACUUCAAGGAGGAAGAGAAGGAUAUGCUUCCACGAUUGGAAUCAGUUCGGCGGAUGCAGCGUGAGGAAGGGAGUGUUGCUGACAAGUCUAAUUCCGGAUGGGCAUCAGAGGCGAUGGAUACAAUGGAGAUGACACAUUCGAAGCUCUUCCCUUUCUUCAUGACUGGCCUCAUGCCCCAGGAGGCGAUGCAGUAUCUGGAUCUGGUAUGCAGAUGUACGAAGAACACUCGGCAUCUGGUCUCUAUGCUCAGAUCGCUCGCAGAGCGUCUGGAAGAUGCAAACCCAUCGAUCAUUCACAACAACCCCACAAAACUAUAUGAGCACCUACUUGUAAAAUCCCCUUGAGGUUCAGAUCCGGCAAAUCUUUAUGUGCCACGUAAAUUUAAUAUGAAUGCUAACCCCCUCUUUUCUCUUGUGUGGAGUGCAGCUGUGUAAUUUUUGGAGUUUAUUGGGUGGGUGAUUGUGAAGGCGUGUAUAUCUUAUGGUGUUAUCACUCCAAAAGUGUGCAACUGCAUGGAAAAUGAAAUUUGAAGUGA